AUGUUCGCGGCACGAUUACGGGAUGAGAAUGCGAUCCACGACCAGCAGACGGCGGCGGCAUCGAAGCCAUUAAACGCAGGCGUCAAAGGACUGGCUCCCAAGACACCAGCAAAGACGCCAUUCAAGAGCAACAGGAACGAUGAGAAUGCGACACAAUUAGGCGGGAAGACUGGAGCGAAGGGCGGCAAGCUCGACCGUAGCGCUUUCGUGACUCCAGCCAAUCCAAAGGCACGCGCACCCCUCGGAAACAAGACGACGAACGCGAAAGCGCCCAAGACGCCCUUACUCGAUGUACCGAACAAGGAUGGCCAUGGUCAAGCCAGCAAUAAGCCCACAUCACCACGUCUCCGCCGCUCCAAGAUCAAGGUCCACGAGACCAUCGAGUCUGCAGAAGAUGUGCUCGCGAAAGAUCCAGAAGAGCGCGAAACCGAAUACAUGGCGCCGCGUGAGGUACCGAUGAAAGACGACUAUGAAGACUUCUGGCCAAACGAAUUGAAUCUGGACGUCCUCAAAGGCACUAAUCUCACGCGCGGUUGGUGGGGCGAGUAUGGCCCUCGCAAAGACGAAGACGACAGCGAGCUCAGUGAUUUUGGAGAGAAGUGCAGAAAGCUUGAAGAGGUACAAGAGAAAGGGAAGAAGGCGAAAUCUGCCGCGAAGCCUGUAUCGCGUACAGCUGCUCCACCCACGAUUCGAGCACAGAAUGCUGCAUCAGCAUUAGGCAGCAAGACGACCGUACCACGAUUCGCAGCACCCACAACCGCAGCCAAGGCUCGUCAGCCUAUCUCUUCUUCGACGACAACUGCGAAGAAGCCAACUCCGUCACUGUCAAACCCACGCUUCGCAGCUGCCAAAGCCGCAUCAAAUACCACUUUGGGAUACUCGAAAGGCCGUGCCGUCUCAGCUUCUGCCCGUCGACCACUCUCAGAUAUCCAUGCGAAACGACAAAACACUGCAUCCAAGGAGCCAGAGAAGGCCAUCACAUCUCUGGAUGAAUUGCUCGGCUUGAAGCUUGAGACUGCUGAAGAUGAUGAGGAUGAUGACGACCCGUUCGCUGUUCCCGAAGUGGCUUCUGAGGAAGAAGAGGAGGUCUUUCAGCUUGAUUCUGUCUAA